AUGGAUCACGGCUCAGGCGAAGGGAAGCUGGAGAGUGCUCCAAAGUUUGAUGGGAGCGACUAUUGGACUUGGAGCUUCCGAUUCGAACAAUGGGCAGAGGCGCACGAUCUAUGGGGGUACUUUGAUGGCUCGGAGGAGCGACCUGCAACGGGUGACGCACGGCUGAUGUGGGAGAGGAAAAAUCAGAAAGCAUUCGCCCAAUUUUGCAAUGCCUUGGUGCCAGAUGAGUUGAUUCGCUUGGUACGGGAGUUCGGCGGCAAGACCGAGUUGGGCAGCGCACCUGUUGAUGGCGCAGCAAGAGCAGUCACCCGGGUUCCUGCAGGCACAGCAGCGGCAUACACACGAGUGAAGGAGUUCUACCUUCAGCGUGGAUUGUGUAAUCGGAUGGCACUCUCUGAGGAGCUCUCCUCAUUGAAGAUGAAAGAGGGAGAGGGAGUGGCUGCAUACUGGGCGCGUGCCGAGGACUUGAGGUCCAAGUACUUGGCUGCAGGAGGGAAGGAGGAGGUUGAGGAGUGGAUGAUGAGGGUACUCAAAGGACUACCUCCUCACUUUGAGAUGCUGAAGGUGGUGCUGAACAACCAGUCAUCAUCACUCACUAAGGAUCACCUGCUUACCUCCUUGAGGAGCGAGGAGAUGCGGAUUGGUGUCGCACCAAGAUCGGAUGGUGUAGCCACCUUUGGAGCGGGGAGGCAUUCCGGCAUUCUUAAAGCGGGGGGUCGUGGGUCCAACGGCAAGGCACAGGUGGCGGAUGAGGAGGAGCAGGAUGACAAGGCAGAGGCAGUGGUUGGAGAGGCAAUUGCAGCAGUGGGAGAGGAGCAGCCGCGAGAGGGGUGGUGGAUUGACAGUGGGGCCAGCCACAACUUUACUCCUUAUGCGUCAGACUUCAAAAGUAAGCUUCAGCCACCAGAGGUUCGGGGAGUUAGAUUGGGAGAUGGACGGGUGGUGAAAGCUGUUGGCAUGGGUGAGGUGCCAGUGGUUGGUGCUGGAGGUCAGCUGCUGAGGAUUCAAAAGGUCCACCUUGUGCCUGAGAUGCACACGCGUCUGCUGUCAGUCCCACACCUCACCUCUCGAGAUGUCAUUGCCACAUUCAAGGGCAAGAAAUGUGUCCUUCAACGGGGGGAGCGGGUGUUGGCGAUUGGAGAAAAGGAGAGGGAAAGGGACCAUGGAUUGCUGAAGGCUGUUCGCUCGGACAGGGGUGGUGAGUUCUUGGGGGAAGCUGUAAAAGCAUGGAAGGCGGAGUUUGGCAUUAAAACUCAAUUGAGCGUCGCAGAUAUACCGCAACAGAAUGGGGUCGUGGAGAGGUGGCACAGGACGAUGGCAGAGGGGAUUCGCACAUUGUUGGUCGACAGUGGUCUCCCUGCUUGCUUGUGGGGUGAAGCAUUGAUGUGGGUCGUGUGGGUUAAGAACAGGGUCACACACAGUGCUUUGCCUGCCUCCAUCACACCAAUGGAGGCAUGGUCCGGCCAGAAGCCGCAUGUGGGCAUGGCUCGGAUUUGGGGUUGCAUGGGGAGUGUCAUGCUGCAUGGGCAUGAGAAGGGUGGCAAGCUUGAUGCACGGGCUGUCAUGUGUGUCUGUGUUGGGGUGGACAUGGAGAGCAAGGGUUGGCGCAUGCUGGACCCUUCUCUCAUGCGCAUUCGCAUUGCUCGGGAUGUUGAUUUUCUUGAGAAUGUGAUGUGGAAGGAUUGGGACAAGGCAAAGGGAUUUGGGGAGCUUCUGCAGGAUGCAGCUGCAAUUUCCCAACUCCUCCCUCUUCCACUCUCGCCAUCCUCCGCAAUGGCUGACGACGUUGAGAUGCCACCUUCAUCACUGCCACCGGCACCGCUGAGUGUGUCGGUGCAGCAGCUGCCCACCCCUUUGCAGCAGCUCAGUGGCCCCUCGGUCAUUCAGCGGAGAUCCGCUACACAGGCUACUUCCUCUUCCUCCUCCCCUGGUUAG